GCAUUGGCUCCCCCUCCAAGCCGUAACAAGCGAACGAGAACUCAAGCGAAAGCUAACUGGCCCGAACAACGCAUCGACUCCUAGCCAUGACAAGCGAAAGAGAUCAACAAGCUCUGCUCCAAGCCCUCAGAAGCGAAGAGAAAGACGAAAGCGUACAAAACCCAAAAAACAUUCGUAAAACUAAUAAAUCACAAAAAAAUAACUCUCUCGAAAUGAUGUCGUAUGCUACUACCCCCCAAACUUCUUCCCUUUUAGAACCCUGGGCCGAUCUCCUCGACGACGCUAUCCUCCAAGACCAGCUUGAACGCCAGCCCGCGACACUUGCUCCCAAGAUCCCGACCAUGGACGACCUUGAAGAAACUCUCGAUCUGGACGCCAUCCUUAACGCCCAACCCCGGAAACCUGAAGACGACACUGGAAGCAAGGCCCUUCUCUGGACACUGGAAGAUCUCAAGCGACACUUUACGACCAUUGUAGAACGAGAGGACCGCCAAAUUCGAAACGCCAACCGUACAUGGACUUCCCGGACAAAUGGAGCACUCACGCAGGAUAACCGAUCGAAGAUGAUAGCACUAAUCAACGACCUUAGCGCCGGGUUUUCCCUGUGCUAUUUGUCUCCUGAAUUGGUCUAUCACCUUGCCGUCACUUACCUCGAUUUGUAUUUCAGGGCAAUGACACCGACUCCUGGGCAACACACGAUCUACUCGGAGAAGACUAUCGCCAUCGCACUGUUCGCCGUCGCCUUCAGCAUGGAAUCAGAAGUGGAUCCCUCCCUCCAACAAUUCAUCAAGCGGGUCGAGACCUUUCGUACCGGGAUUGCGCUGUCCAACACCGAGCUCCAAGUGCUACUCAAGGAAGUCAAACGACACAUCGUGGACCAGCAAAUACUCAUGGACUGCAACGGAUACCAAACAAGCCCUCAGGAAUUUCUCAACCACGCUUUCCACAUCGCCAACCAAGUCAAAUCCGACAUCCGGGACGCCGACAUCAUCAACUUCGCUACAUGGACUGGGAUCACGCCAACCUUUCGACGACUCGCCAACGUGGACACCGCCAACCGCCUUCUAGCUACCUGCGUCAUCAUGGAAGAUUCGCUUCGAUUCCGGCCGUCCCUCCUAGCUGCUACGGUGUUCUUCGUCUCAUGCCCUUUGGUAAGCGGGUACAUGGGAGCGGACGACAAGUUGAUGCGGAUUGCGACGGGGUAUUCGAGGGAGGAGGUGGAGGGGUCGGCUUGCUUUGGAUUUGUGACGACGGUAAAGCUGACGGCAGGACUGGAGGACUUCGAACUUGAGGACCAGCAACAACGGAACAUUCCAAGGGAGACGAAUCGCACGGACCAAGUUUUGAAGCUGUGGACACGGGGACUUGUGGAGAACAUCGACAUGGAGUGGUGGCUGAUGCAACGUCCAACGCUGGAGUUGCCAAAGGAGGAGGAGGCGAUGGUGCUGUACUCGAGGAUCGACAAGAAGAGGACGCUUGGAGUUUCAGAGGAUGACGAAGAGUUGGUAAGCAUGACGAGGAGGAUGAGGGAGUUGGAAGCGGAUUUGGACGACUUCGACAACGACGGAUUGGACGACGAGGGAUUGCCGGAUUGGAUUCCAGACUUGGACGACAGCUUCGACAACGACGGAUUGAACGACGAGGGAUUGCCGGAUUGGAUUCCCGACUUGGACGGACUUGGAGGAAUGGUGACGGUGGACACGGACGACGCGGCAACGAUCAACAACACCAAGGACACGGACGACUCGGCAACGAUCAACACCAAGGACAAGGACGACACGGCAACAAUCAACACCAAGGACACGGACGACACGGCAACGAUCAACACUGACAAGGACGACACCACAGGAGAGAAACAUGGACCGGCACCCCCAAGGAAACGAGCACCAAGAAGACCACGGGCACCGACAUUCCCCGCCUGGAGACGCAUCGGCAAACGACUCGAGCGCAUCUGAGUCGUCGGUUGGGACCCUUGUUGGCAAUGGACUUCGUCCGGUGGAGCGAAAUCGAAGUAGCAAACACUUGGUGCCCCAGGCCGAGUGAGUUGGUCAUGACGGCGGUGUCGCGGCGAGAGAGGGGCUUGCCCUACACACUUCACUGAGUCUGGGGGCUUCUCAGUGCUUGUGCGAUCCUCUCGUUCGUGGCUCCAUAGCGGUUGAAAGUCCGGGUGGCCUCCUACGGGAGCUUGACCAUCUUGAAUGACUGGCUUGGAUCGACACCUUCACGUGGUGCCAGUUGUUCUCGACUAAGAGCGAUCCACUUUCUUGUACGUACC